GACAUUAGAGACGUCACAAAAAAGAUAAAUAUUUUUACACGUCGAAAAGUUUUAAUUCACAUUUAACGCGAUUUUCUCUCGAAAUAGCACAUUUUGUACACCAAAAGGCACCCCGUUAAUAUAAAAAUGAAGUCCAGCAUCUUCAUUUUAGUGUUAGCUGUUUUAUUGUAUAAUGUAUCAGCCAAAAUAGAUCCAAGAAAUUUGAAAUGUUUAGUAUGCCGGACGACCUUCAAGGAAUUAAAUAGUGUGAUAAAAGGCGUGGACAAAUGGAAAAAAGUCGAUGUUGGAAACUUCCGGAUGGACGCGAGUGGCAACUUGCAGCAGCAGAAGUUGCCUGCACACAGAUCCGCUGUCUACAUCUCUGAAGUUAUAGAUGGAAUUUGUAAGAAGAUGGACGACUAUGUACGCGUGUAUUACAAGGCGACAGGCAAAUUGGACAUCAUGUUACUUAUAAUGCCGGACGGCAAAAUGAAUCCGGACUUCUCCAAGACGAAAUUCGUGACUGACGACGACCUCAACAAGAGUCUGGAGUACUAUUGCGAGCGUAUGUUCGAAGAGAACGAGGAUGAGAUCACCGAUUUGUACAAGAACCGGCCCGAGGACGACGUGAUGCCUGACGCGGAGAGGGAGAUAUGUUUCAACCAUGCUAACUACUGCGAAGACUGGAUGCUGCCCAACGAGGAGGACACCACCUGGACUGAGGAGAUGGAAGCGGAGUAUGUUAAGGUCCACGGUCCUGACCCAUACGGCUUCGGCGGGCUCCCCCAGCCCCCACCAGAGGCGUUCAACACCGAGGAUGUUGAAACCACCCCUGAUGACGGCGAGGAUGAGCAGGUGCUGGACACUAAGGAUGAGUUGUAAUUGGAAAUUGUCAUUUAGUAGUUUCAAUAGUACCUCAGGCACAUUUAUGAGAAGGCACCGGAUGGGCCAUGCCCAUCCCAAAGCCAUCAUUCUAUCCCAGGAGCGAGCAAAGCUUCGCAAAGACAUGUCAGUAUAUAUAUGUACCUUGUUUAAGUGAUCAUGUCCCACUUAAAAAUAACAAUAUGCUAUAAAGAAUAACUUAAUAAAAAAUUUAAAAACAAAUAAUCGAUACGACCAUAGACAAUUUGUCGAUAUUCAAUAGUAUUACGAAUAAAAAAUCGAUUAAUCGAUUGAUUGAUUUGAUUUAUUACUUAUUUUAUUGAGCACGCUAUCAUUUAGAUAGUUUAUUUAUUUAUUUAUUUAUUAUUCGUAAAACUAUAAGCAAAAAGAUUUCUUUUUGUAAUAUGGAUUAAAAAAAAACAUAGAUAGAUAGAUACUCUUGAUUGUUUCCUCCAAAAGAUUACAAUAGUAAACUUAUUAUAAAUAUAAACAAUUACAAGAAAUAAUCACAGUGAGAAAACAAUGCGCGACCUUAUCGCUAAGAGCAAUCUCUUGCAGGCAACCUUUGGAUGGAGAGGAGUAAUUAUAAACAAUUUGGUGGGAGGCACGAUGAAAAAUUUUGUUAGUUCUAAAUAUGGGAAAUGUAAUACAUAUAAUAUUACGCCGACACGUGAUGAUUUAUUUAUUUAUUUAUUAUUUUAUUCCAUAAUGUUGUUGGUAGAUACCACAUUAACUUCCAAGUUUUAACAAUGCUUAGUUACUUUUCAUUAGCGGGCUAUAAUAUUAUUCUCAUUCCAUUUUUACAUUCCGUAUAUUAUAACGUAUAUAUCUUCAUAAGUAUUUAUUUAUCAUAGACAAACAUUUAUACGUCUUCCAUUAUAGGCAUAGAGUACUUAUUGUGAUAAAAUGUGUCGUGUAGUUGGUAUGUAGCAUUCGUAACUGCCAAAUGUAUUAAUUAAAUGUAAUGAAACUAAAUUUAAUUUAACGGUACUCUAACCGGUUUACAAUCAGACGGGCCGUAUGCUUGUAUGUCACUGUAAAAGUAUUAAAAAAAAAUCUUUUAUAUUUUUUUUAAUUUAAAGUUAAUAAAUUUCUUUUAUAUUUUAAUUUAAUAACUACCUGUUAAACUCACGUGUAAAUUAGAUCGAGAAAGCUCGACUAGUUUCGGGAUCAAUUCGUGACCCUUAGUCGUGAGCGGCUGUGAUGCGAGUACGAGCCUGACUACGUGUGACUGACUAAACCGGUAGUUAUUAUAUUCAAAUCUAAUGUAUCUUUAUGAAACCAAUAACAAAUUGGUUUAUUUAUUUAAAUAUCAUCACAUUUACUCUCUGUAUAUAUUUCACAGUCACAAAAAUAACAGAGGAAUAACACCUGAGUCCUCAGGGAUGGCAACGCAUGGGGGGUAUCAUGGGCGAAACAGUAUACUCUGUUAUGUCCACGGUACUGCUCAUGUCUAUAGGCGACGGUUACCGCUUUCCAUCAGGUGGGUCGUCAGCUUGUUUGCCAUUCUGAGUUGUAUAAAAAAAAAGAAUGUAUGUCAUUAAUAUAAUAUUGUUAAAUUCCAAGUGAUUAUUUGUAAGAUCAUAGCGUGCCUUACUGCUUAAUGCAAUUUACAAUUUGAGAUAAAUCUUAAAGACUGUUUAAUAUAAUUUUUGAUUAUAUAUAAUAUAAUUUAUGCUGACGACAGACAUUUUGUCCGCGUACUAAAAAUCCCUGUGUGUACGCCAUUUAGUUAUAUUUUAAAUGGAUGAUAAUGGAAUGGUAACCCCGCCCGCGCUAUCGGUAUACACCGACGGGGCACCAGUGAGGGAUGAUAGGUGAGGAUAAAGCUGGUCAGUUAGCUCAUCGUGGUGAAUUCAAAAAGAAUUAAUCACGAUGAUUUCCGGGGGGAAUCGCGUGGAGGUCGACCUGACAGGGUAUAUUGAAAGCAAUGGGAUUGCUAAUUUCCAUUACUAACUAUAAGAAUAGAACUUACACUUAGUACAGAUUGGUCCCAUAGGAAUUUUUAUUUCAAAUCAGUUCAGUAACUUAGUUUUUAUAUCAAAAUAACUGGUUUUGCUACUUUUUAGCCUUUUUUUUUUAAUAAUUAAUUAUUUAUCAUGACGGUCACAGUUGAAAUUGUUAAAAAUGCAAAAUUUCCUAUUUAUAUUACAAUUUAUCAUGACGGUCACAGUUGAAAUUGUUAAAAAUGCAAAAUUUCUUAAUUGUAUUACAAUUUAUCAUGACGGUCACAGUUGAAAUUGUUAAAAAUGCAAAAUUUCUAAAUUGUAUUACAAUUUAUCAUGACGGUCACAGUUGAAAUUGUUAAAAAUGCAAAAUUUCUAAAUUGUAUUACAAUUUAUCAUGACGGUCACAGUUGAAAUUGUUAAAAAUGCAAAAUUUCCUAAUUAUAUUACAAUUUAUCAUGACGGUCACAGUUGAAAUUGUUAAAAAUGCAAAAUUUCCUAAUUAUAUUACAAUUUAUUAUGACGGUCACAGUUGAAAUUGUUAAAAAUGAAACAUUUCUUAAUUAUAUUACAAUUUAUCAUGACGGUCACAGUUGAAAUUGUUAAAAAUGCAAAAUUUUUUAAUUAUGUUACAAUUUAUCAUGACUUUCACAGUUGAAGUUGUUAAAAUUGUUUUAUAUAUUUAUUUAUUUAUUUUGUUCGACAAAAUGUAGGUAUGUCGAGUGCUACGUUCACCACAACGGUAACAGGCGGUAGGUAUUAAGAUUAUAUUUAUUGUUUUUUUUUUUAUUCUUAAUACAGAUAAUAUAUAUAUAUAUAUAAUAAUAUGACAAUAUUUUUUAAUAUCAGAGUGAUGUAUAUGUUGUGAAAUUAGUGUGAUUAUAUUGUUUUUAAAAUAAAAAUGUUGUUUUUA